UCCGGAGCAAUUCCCUGGCAGAGAAAGCGACGGCUUUAAACUGUCCUAACCGAGAACGCACGAAACUCCGCCAGCGUAAGGCCGUCUACCAGCAACCUGGCUGGGAGAAGCGACAAGCACCAUUGACCCAAACACGGAGUCAGUAGAAGAUUUGAUGCAGAGGUUCCAGGACAGUUUCCGUGUUCCCAACACACCAACAGACAUGUCUCACUACCAGCAUGUCAUGCACAGCUCAUCGACAGGCCGCCGGAGGGUCCCCAGCCACACCAGAGCAACUGGAGGUGUAUUUGGUCCUCAAGGGGAAUCAGGGUCAGAGCCUGAAGAUGACAGCCAAAAGUUUUACACAGAGCAGCACAGGGGACGGAGGCGCAGCAAAGGUCACCAACACAGUCCUCUAAAUAAGGUCACCCUGACGUUGAUUACCAUCAGCACAUGUGUCAUUGCCAUUGUCUAUGCUACGCAAGAUUCCUGCCCUCUCACUGUCAAGGUUACCCUCCAUGUGCCUGAGCAUUUUGUUGCGGAUGGAAGUAGUUUUGUAGUGAGCAUGGGCAGCUUCCUGGAUGUAUCUAAUUGGCUAAACCCAGCCAAGGUAACCCUCUACUAUCAGACAAAUUCAUCCACGCAGUGGGUUCGGGACUACUGCGGCCAGAGGGCCACCGAGCCCUGCGAGCAGAUUUGUGAUCAGGACACAGGAGAAUGCAGCUGUCAUGAGGGUUAUUCCCCCGAUCCUGUCCACAAACACCUCUGUGUUCGCAGCGACUGGGGUCGAAAUGAAGGUCCUUGGCCGUACGCUAACUUGGAGAAAGGCUAUGACCUAGUUACAGGAGAGCAGGCCCCAGAGAGGAUCUUCAGAUCAUUCUACAGUCUCGGGCAAGGGUUGUGGCUGCCAGUCAGCAAGAGCUUUGUGGUGCCACCAGUGGAACUAUCAAUCAACCCCAUCGCCAGCUGUAAGACAGACGUGUUGGUUACUGAAGACCCAGGGGAGGUCAGGGAAGAGGCCAUGAUGUCCACUUACUUUGAAACAGUAGAAGACCUAUUGGCAUCUUUCGGGCCUGUCCGUGACUGCUCCAAAGAUAAUGGUGGCUGCAAGAAGAACUUCAAAUGUGUGUCUGACAGGCAGCUGGACUCAUCCGGCUGCAUGUGUCCUGUGGGGCUGAGGCCAAUGAAGGAUGGCUCAGGUUGCUAUGACUACUCCAGGGGCAUUGACUGCACGGAUGGUUUCAAUGGAGGCUGUGAACAGCUGUGUCUCCAGCAGCUCGUGCCCCUCGAAGAUGACCCCAGUUCCAGCAAUGUGCUCAUGUUUUGUGGGUGUGUGCAGGAGUACAAACUGGCAGGGGAUGGGCGUUCCUGCCUUUUGCAGUCAGACAACUGUGAAGGACCUAAAUGCCCAAGACAGGAUGUCCGCUUCAAUGACACCCUGUUUGGUGAGAUGCUGCAUGGAUACCACAACAAAACCCAGCAAGUCAACUUGGGACAAAUAUUCCAAAUGACCUUCCGGGAUAACAACUUUAUUAAGGACUUUCCCCAGCUAGCCGAUGGUCUCAUGGUCAUCCCCUUACCAGUGGAGGAACAAUGUCGAGGGGUGUUGUCUGAGCCCCUGCCCAACCUGCAGCUCCUCACAGGGGAUGCCCAGUUCAGUGAGGCGGUGGGCUAUCCUAUGGUUCAACAGUGGAGAGUGCGCAGCAAUCUGUACAAAGUCAAACUCAGCUCCAUUACCUUAUCUACAGGCUUUUCUAAGGUGCUGAAGACGCUGUCAGCAGAGAGCACGCGUGAGGAGCUGCUGGCUUUUCUCCAGCAAUACGGCAGCCACUAUGUGUCUGAGGCCCUGUACGGCUCCGAGCUCAGCUGCAGCAUCUACUUCCCCAGCAAGAAGGCCCAGCAGCAGCUCUGGCUGCAGUACCAGAAAGAGGCAACAGACCAGGGGGUUGGCGGAGGUGGACGGCGUGAGCUGAAGUCUGUUCCCUUCAUCAGCUACCUGUCGGCACUGCAGAAGAGCCAGCUGUUGUCUGACGACAUGGUGAACGGCGUGGAGAUCCGCUGCGAGGAAAAGGGCAGCUGUCCAGCUGGCUGCCACCUGUGCCAUCACCAGGCCGUGAUGGGAGGAGUGUCGGGGAGAGGCCGCACCGGCAACAGCAGGAGCGGAGAGCAUCCUUCUCCAAUCCCUGUACUGCUGGAAGUCAGCCGCGUGGUGCCCCUCUACAGCCUGGUCCAAGACAACGUCACCAAAGAGGCCUUCAAGAGUGCCACGAUGAGCUUAUACUGGUGUGCUGGAAAGGGCGAUGUCAUUGAUAACUGGUGUCGCUGUGACCUGAGUGCCUUCAGCAAAGAGGGCCUGCCUAACUGCAGUCCCCUCAGGCAGCCAAUUUUGCGCUUAGCCCCAUACCUGGAGCCCUCAAGCACAAUGGUGGCCCUGGAGUGGAUGGAUGUGGAACCUCUGAUUGGCUGCAAAGUCUCUGACUACAUCAUCCAGCAUAAACGAGUGGAGGAUCCCUCAGAGGCAGAGGUCUAUACAGGUGAGGUUCUGAGCUUGAUGGAUGAUCUCUUCUCUGGUUUGGGUUCAUCCUGUGUUGUUGCCGGGAGGAGGAGUGGAGACCAUCCGCACUAUAUGCUAUAUUCAGUGGUCUUCAAGUGCCUGGAACCUGACAGUCUCUACAAGUUUACUCUAUAUGCAGUGGAUAGCCGAGGCAGCCACUCUGAGUCAAGCUUUGUCUCAGCACGGACAUCUUGUCCAAUGGUGGAUGACAGCCGAGCUGAAGAGAUAGCAGACAAGGUGUACAACUUGUAUAAUGGAUACACCAGUGGGAAGGAACAGCAGAUGGCCUACAACACACUGAUGGAGAUAUCUCCUCCGCUGCUAUAUAGAGUCCAGCACCACUACAAUUCCCACUAUGAGAAGUUUGGAGACUUUGUCUGGCGUAGUGAAGAUGAGCUGGGCCCUAGAAAAGCCAACCUGAUACUACAUAGAGUGGAGAGGAUUAGCCACUACUGCCGGUCCCUGCUGCGCAGCACCCACAUCCAGAGUCGUACCGACACCAUGGCGUAUGUCUACUGCCGGAGUGAAGAAGGCCGACCUCCCAGUAACACAUGGCAUGGCUCUUUACAUGAAAGUCGCACCACCUGCAUGGAAAAGCUCAUUUCUGUACAGCGUAACACAUACAGCAACACCAAACUCCGAUGAGACAGGAGUGGUGCGCUUUUUUUCCCCCUGGAAAAUGACAUCAGUGAUUGGUGUACCUCGUCACCCACUCUGCAGCAGGUGUCUCUCAAGUGACCGGUGGAUUUUGAAAACCAGGAGAGCCUAAAAAACCUCAGAAUUCACUGGACAUUGUGUUAAAGCUACCGAAAAUCAUAUUUUUGUGUGGCCUACUUUUAAUAGAAGAAAGAACAUUAAAAAAAACUGGAGCGAACAUAUUUCUCAAUUGCAAAAUGCCAGUGAUUGCACAUAUCAAUGAGAAACUGCAGUGUCAACAUGUAAAAUAUCAUUCAGCCAAGAGAAAAACUGGUUGGCUUAAAUACUUUGAAUGUAAUAUUGUAGUUCCUUUUAGGUGCUUUGAAGCUUACCUGGAACACUUAAAAAAGAGAAAAAAAAGAAUAACCAAUAGCAUAACUUAUUUGCCUUUAUUACCUUCAUUUGAAAGGAGAAAUUUAUAUGUGUUAAAGCCAUUUGAAAAACACUUUCUUGUUUUUAAGUUCACAUUAAUUAAAACAAUUAAAGCUUUGCUUCAUAAAUUUAAAAUCAUUAAGUGAGAAUCUAGGUAGUCAGUCUAGUAUUACAUUUGAUAGACUCAGUUGAAAUAGUAAGGCUUUGUGUUGAAACAGGAUUGACAAAUAGGCUAUGACCAGCCUGUUGAAAUUAUGCAACGAUAGAAUGGGUGGCAUUGAAACAUCAUAUUCUUUCAUAGACUGAUUUUAGUUCAGAAAUGUAGGAAUCAUUUUUUCAUAUAUUUCCUUAAUAUUGCAGUACCCAAAAUAAAUACUAUUGAGCAAUUUCAAUGACAUUUAUUUCUCAGACUAGAAAUGGACCUGAACACAGUGGAUUAUGCACCUGAGACAAAAUAAAUGCAAUGCUUUUGGCACACUGAAAUCUUUUAAAGUAAAUGCUUUAUAUUGAUGGGUUUUGGUAUGCGACUUAACGCAACAACAAUAUUGAUAUUUAAAAAAAGUGAAAUCAAAUGCUAUAGCUAGAUUUGAUGAUUUCUGCAAGACCACGUAAUAUACUUGUAAUCUAAUGAUAAGUUACAACUUAUCUUGUCGUAUUGUACAGAUAAGAAGAACAAUAUUAGAAAUUAUAUUACAGUGACAAUAAGGUAAGAAUAUAGAGAAAUGAGUGAUUGAAAAUCUGACCAGAUCAGCUGAAUGCAUCUUUGAAAAGCUUCUCCCUCACAUUUAUGUGCACUCAUCGAAAAUGUGGCAGGAUAAUAGGAUAUUAAUUUUAUGGAACAUUUUCAGGUGCCGGAACAGUUAGUGUUGUACCAACUGUAAACAUGUGAUGUAGCGUCCACUGAAUUGUGAAGAACCAGUGAUUUUAGGGAUCACCUGUGGUCCUUUUAAUCUUCUAUUAUUCAGUCCAAUGUCAUAUCUGUAAGCCAUGGAGAUUGUUUUAAUGAAGACAAUGCCUUUUCAAUACCUUCAUCUCAUGUUAUAUGAAUUGUAAUUAUAAAUUAUUAUAUUGUACAUUUUAAAUUGUAAAAAAAAAAAGACAUAUGUAUUA